AUGCGGUCGUCGCGUCAUCUCGCGUGGUGGCGUGUUUUCAUUCUGUGUUUGUGUUGUUGUGUUGUUGUUGUCAACGGCAUCGCAUCCCCUAACAACACCAACAACAAAGAAGAAGAAGAAGAAGAAGUCCCGAGAUGUUUCCACGCGAACGCGAAAGGUCGACGCGCGUCCAACGAGGACGAAACGCUGUGCGCUACAAUAGAAGCACCGAGGGAACUCGAAGAAGAGGGAGGAGAAAGAAUGGGGGUUGGUAAAAAGCAGUUUUUGGUCGCGGCGGUGUUUGAUGGACACGACGGACGCUUCGUGAGCUCGCAGGCGAGGAAACUCGUCGCGGAGAGCGUGGAGCGGAGACUUUUCGAGAAAGAGGAAGGACGUUUUAAGAAGGACGAGGACUAUUCUGCGAAGGGUGAGAUGAGCACGACGGGCGACGAUGAUGAUAACGUGGAGAUGGAAGAAAGAAGGGAACGAGGGGCGUUGGAGAUGGCGUUGCGAGACGUUCACGAGACCAUCGAGAGGAAGAUGACGGAUGGCGCCAACCCAGACGCUUCGGCGGGGGAUGGUUUGCGCGUUGGCGGAUCGACGGCGUUGGUCGCUCUGAUUUCUCCCGAUUUAUCACGCGCCUCGUUCGCGUGGGUUGGAGAUUCGAGAGCGUACGCGUGUGAAAGCACUCGAAACGAGGCAAAGGUAAUCACGAGGGAUCACACGGUGAAAGCGAGUUUGGAGGAAGCGGAAAGGGUAAGGAAGAUGGGCGGCGUCGUGACCGGGGACCGAGCGGAGGGGAUUUUGGUCACCCGGGCGUUGGGGGAUUUUGAAAGCCGAGGGGUUGGCGGAGCAAAAGCGGAAACAAGGACGGUGCGUUUUGAGGAAUUCGCGGAGAGGUGGGAUGAGGAGGGGGAAAAGGAAGAGAGUAGUAGAGGUAGCGGUAGGGGUUUAGAAUACGCGAGUAAUCCUCGCGAACGCGCGGAAGAAAUUAGAAAAAGGAGACGAGAGGGUGGUAGCGGAGAUGGAGAGAAGGAUUCGUUGUCUGUUUCUUCUUCUCCAUCGUCCUCGCCGAUUCCAAAGAGAAAGAGUCGGGCGAGAAGAAGAAUACGCGGCAUCGUUCUCGUGUCGGACGGCGUCAUCGAAAAAGCAGAAGACGAGGGGGAAAGCGGACAGUUCAUGAACGAACUGUGCGAGAUUUUAUUUGGAGAUGUGGACACGGUCACCGUGAGAAGACGCAUUAAACGAAGACGAUCUCGUUUAGAAACCACAACGAUUGCAUUGAAACCGGUGCCAAAUCGGAUGAAUGCUAUCAAAGACGCGAAGGCAAAGGAGCAUGAAACGAGUCCGGAGGACGACGAGGCGUUCAAUAGUAACGAACAACCGCCAGAGAAUGAUAUAUUUAACAGCGAUCUGGUGGAAUUGAAAGUCGACGGCGAAGUCGAGCUCGAACCAGAUGAAAAGGUAUUUCCAAUAGAAGCGUGGGCAGACAUCCGAAGUUUUGGAGAAAAUAUCGAUAUGGCAAAGAACGCUCGAUUGACGUGUGAAAUGGCAAUCGCGAUGGGAAGCAAAGACAACGUAGCGGUAGCAGCCAUUAAGUUCCCAGAUGUCGAGGAGGAACCUGUACCGUUAAAUUCAGAAGAAAAAGAAGAGAUCGUGUACGCUAAGAUCGAAACAUCACGCGCCGAAAAUGAAGCGGACGCAAACCGCCUCACGGUUGCCGAUCGGCGCCGGAACGACGGCCGCAUUUUUUCAAUCGACCCGAAGCCCGGUGCGGUAAUCGCCAACGCCUUUCGGUUGAACGAAAUCGUCGCAUUGAGUAACGGUCCAAUAAAGAAUUAUCACGACGGUGUCUUGCUCGGCAACGAACAAGACGAGAGAGAGGGAAGAGUAGGAUCAGACAUCGUGCAAAAGUAUAUCGUGGGAGGCGAAGGAUACCAGUCCUAUUCAGAGGCCAUAGAAAUUCCUUGGAACGUUGAUUUAUACGAAUACGGCGAAUAUUUUGACUUUGAUGGAAGCUAUUUUUCUUCGGCAUCCGGCGCAUUGCCCGAGGGAAAUAGUGUGGGAGAAGCGCACAAACAAAUGAUCAAAUUGACAGACGCGGAUAAAGCGUUUGCAAUGCUCAUGGUUGCGCCAGCUUCCUCGCGCGAGCACAGAAAAAGAGCCGCGAUGAAAGUGGAAACGCCGCCUCCCGGUGGAGUUCUUUCGAAUUGGUGGCUUCGAGCGAAGAGCGGCAUAUCCUCCGUGUUCUUCUCAACGGCACCAGUGGAAGAAGAAGAGAAAAAAAGAGAGUUGAAAGAGGAUGUCGUGCUCGUACCUACAUCGACAUCUGCGCAACACGAAGAUGCUACGCGCUCGAACCGUAAAAGAGUAUUCGCCAAAGGUCAUUUUGGUGAAGUGUGGCGAGCGACAGCUUUCGACGUCGGCACAGUCACGCCACAAUGUCGCACGAGCGCAAAUGAUGAGAGUCUGGAGAGCGAUUCGAGCGAUUUCGAAGAGAAUGAUGCGAGUUCUUCUUUCGUCAUUAAACGCAUAUUUGUCGAAAGAGGAGACGAUGUGCGGAGAUCUGGAAGCCGAGAAAUGUACUUUGGAAAUUUAUUUUGUGACGUAACUCCAAAUGUCGCUCGUUUUCAUCGCGCAUUCGAAACGACAACGACAACGUCAGAUUCGUCAUCUUCCGAAGAAAAGGAGUUAUGGUUAGCGUUUAGAGACGAAGGAACUUCGUUGGAUCGAUUGAUGUACGAAGAAGGUCAAGGCGGAAUGUUGCGACCGUCAGAGUGGUGGAUCGAACAGCGCAAAAUUGCUGAUGAAAACGGGAGAAGAACGAGAAACGAGAUUCUUAAUGCACGCCAGAAUGAAACUUCGGGUAGCUCGAGAGAUGAAAACGCUUCCACGGCACCUACUUCAUUCCCCCAAAGAGAUGCUUUGCGUGAAAUUUUGCUCGAAAUCGCGCGCGGUGUUGCGAAAGUUCACCAAUCGAACGUGGCGCAUCGCGACAUCAAGCCCGCGAACGUUUUCAUAGCAUUUGAAAACGGCGAUACCGGAACUCCUCCGUCCUCCUCCGCCCUUUUUUCCUCGACGGUCGCGGUUAGCGAUGUGCGCAUAGGCGACUUUGGAUCUGCGGUGGAUGCGGGAUCCUUCGAUACGUUGUUUGGUCCGCUCGGGCCGAACUCGGAUCAAGAAACGCCUGAUUUCGCACCUCCCGAGUCCUUAUUUCGCGCGAAAAAUCAACACCCCGAGCAUCACACGCUCGCGUCGUUUGAUAUUAAGAAGUAUAAAAUGUAUGACGCGUGGUCGCUCGGGAUUUUAUACUUAGAGGUUUUAGCUCUAGGAACUUCACGCGUUUGGGACGACAACGGUUUCGCGACGACGAGCGAUGCUGGCAAGCGAGAGCGAUUACGACGGGACGAUUCAUUGCGCGAUGCGAGCGCGGAAACACGACUGGCAUAUAACAGAAUUAGAGCGAUGCUAUCUAUGUGUAUUGCGCCGUCCUAUGCUAACUUUGGCGUAAACAGUGGCGUUGAAUCGAGCGUUCGAGACGACGCGAAGUAUCCUCGUCCUGGCGAAUCAAACGAAGAACAGAGCGAAGAUGAUAAGGAAGAUAUCGAUAACCGCGGUAACGGUAGUGUGUAUUCCGGCGCUUGUCUCGAAGAUAAUAUCAUGCGAAGAAUCAAGCUCCGCGACCCGCUGCGACUUGGAUUACCCAACGCCUGGGCGCUUCGUUUAAUUCGAAGGCUUUUACAGUGGACCCCCGAUCGCCGUUUGGACGUUGCUCGAAUUGAGAAGCACGCGUUUUUUAAGGAACGAAUCGACGAAGUAACAGGGGAAUCGUUCUUCGCGAACGAAGGUUGGACGUGCCCAAACGAUGCGUCCAGUUUCGUGUACGAGUUCUCGGACGAAUGCGCGGAACGAUGCAAAAAUGCGGAAUGCGUCUAG